AUGAACAUACACUAUCGAGCAGAGCGAGAUAGUGGAGUAAUAUCGACUAGCAUGUUACAACACCGACUAAAUAGUGCUUACUCUCUUCUCUACUGGUCCACUAGCUCGCUUCGCUCGCUAGUGUCGUAUAAAACAAGAAGCGAUAUGAAAGAUUACACAAUUACAGUAUUGGGUGCAGGUGUUAUGGGCACUGCUGUUGUUUCGGCAUUGUUGAAUCUGAAAUUUGAGCCAUAUCCCAAGAGAAUCAUUCUUUGCACGGCUAAACAUAAUGAAAAUAACAUUGAGGAAACUUUCAAGGAUCACGAGAUUGUUAGCUUUGCAUCUGGAGCGAAGGAGAAUAGCGAAGCAGUUAAAAAGGCAGAUAUAAUUUUAUUAGGAAUCAAGCCAUUUAUGUUGGACCAAGUUUACCAGGAAGUCAAGAACUCAUUAUCUGGUGAACAGCUUUUAAUCUCCUUACUUGCAGGAACAACUAUUGCAGAAUUGUCGAUUUUCACUAGAUACGUGGCAAAGGUAAUGACUAAUACACCUGCAAGAUAUGGAUGCGGUACCGCUGCUAUUUCUUUUUCACCACAGGUGACUAAGGAACAGCAAGAUCUCGUUCAAAAGAUGAUCGAUACAAUUGGGUUAACGGUGCUUAUUCCAGAAAAAAAUAUGGAUAUUGCAACCUCACUUAUUGGCUCGGGUCCAGCUUUUUGUUUGUUAAUGAUGGAAUCGUUAAUUGACGGUGCAGUGAGGAUGGGUAUGCCAUAUGAUAUAGCGAGAGUUUCAGCAGCAAAAGUCAUGGAAGGUACAGCCAAAAUGGUAUUGGAGACAGGUGAACAUCCUGCUGUUUUAAAGAGCAAAGUAUGUACACCUGGCGGUACCACGAUCGGUGGAUUGUUGAAGAUGGAAGAUAGAGGAAUCAGAGGUGCAAUCGCAAGAGGUGUCGAGGAAGCUGCAAACAUAUCUGCAUCGUUUGCUAAAAAGUGA